AUGAAGGUGGUGUUCCUGUCGGAGAAAAAUAGCUACAUUCCGGUGAGCAUCAAACCGCGGUCACCGACAGCCGAGGCGCCUUGGCGUGAGCCGCCUGCUUGGGAGAGAGAGUACCGCCGUCAUAGAACCAACGGCAGCCGCGUGCAAUAUAUUGAAGCCGAGUGCCAAGAUGAUUUUAUGAAGAUUAGAGUUGGUUUCAACGGAUCUUUUACUGGAUUGGUGUAUUCUGCAGGCUACUCAUACGAUCCGGACUGCAUGUAUAUCAACGGCUCCGGCCGGGACUACUAUGAGUUCUACAUCCAGCUCAACCGCUGCGGGACGCUCGGCCGGAACAGCCAACAUGACGACUCUAGAAAACAUCCCACUAAGAAUCUGAUGUGGAACACGAUAACGGUGCAGUACAAUCCUCUAAUUGAAGAGGAGCUUGACGAACAUUUCAAGGUCACUUGCGAAUACGGAUACGACUUUUGGAAGACUGUGACAUUUCCUUUCCUUGAUGUCGAGGUAGCUACAGGGAAUCCAGUGGUGUUCACGUUGCAGCCUCCCGAGUGUUACAUGGAGAUCCGGUCGGGGUACGGCGUGAGCGGCGCGAGAAUAUCUGGGCCCGUGCGGGUUGGGGAUCCUCUGACGCUACUCAUUUAUAUGAGGAGUACUUACGACGGCUUCGACAUCGUAGUGAAUGACUGCUUCGCACAUAACGGCGCCGCAAAGCGGAUACAAUUGAUCGAUGAAUAUGGAUGUCCAGUAGAUGACAAACUAAUAUCUCGUUUUCGGGGCUCUUGGUCCGAAUCUGGUGUAUUCGAGACGCAAGUGUAUGCGUACAUGAAGACGUUCCGUUUCACCGGUUCGCCAGCGCUUUACAUCGAAUGCGACGUCCGCAUGUGCCAUGGGAGAUGUCCAUCGCAACCAUGUCACUGGCGUAAUAUGAAGAGCGUGAAGCGACGUUCAGUUGAAAUGGCGGAACAGCCGGCCAGUGUGGCUCCGAGGCUUUCAGAGAAUAUAUCGCUCUUCCAGUCUCUGCGAGUGUUGCAAGAGGGAGAGGAGGAUUCCGAACUUGCUGCUAAGACAGGAGUAGCGGAAGGCCAAACCUGUAUGAAGACUUCGGCGUUAUCCGCCAUUAUGGCUUCAUGUGGGGCCCUCAUAGCAGCGUUACUCGCGGCGUUAUUGGUCGCAGCGCGAGGUUGGAAACGAAGGGAAGGCCUCACGCCUCACCACGUAUACGUCCCACACAAAGGAAGAAUAAAAUAAAAGUUAUAGUUUUUUUAGAAAUUAAUUAAUAAAGUGGUUUGCUUUUUGUGGUGCUAAAUUCUAAGUCUACUACUACACUAUUAUUGUCCUCGUUGCGUUUUAACGUCCUAUAUGUCAUGACAAUUGCAAUUUCUAUUUUAAAAAAUGUAAUGUUCUUCGUGACUUCAGUUGUACACAAUGGUACCAAUAUAUUUUGUACUCAAAUUAGAAUUACUCACUGCGGUUCUGGUGCGUUUUUGGUAUUAUUAUGCCAAAAGAAAUUGCAGAAAAUUAAUAGCACGUAAUAGUGUAAUAAUCAUGGUAGUUGUAUGCUAUUAUAAUAACAUAUUACAAGGUCCUUUGUCAUACACAAGUUCUGAGUUCAUAGCAGCUUGAAUUAUGCCAUAAAAUAUGUGAAUGAUUUUCUUUGUUUUCUUUUCUAUGUAACGUACGUCAAAGGCAUUUCUCGA